AUGGAUCCUACAGAUGAUGACUUGUCCGCCCGAGUUUUAUUGAGAAAUGUCCUUCGCUCAGAGCCUCCAAGGUCUCCAAUAACAAGAAGUGCAUCCCGUCGACAGAGCCAAAGUUCACGUACACGGCAGAGCUUAAGACUGAGGCAGAGCGCUGGCCUUGAAUCUCCAAAAGUUACACUCAAACAGAAACUCAAGCAGAGGCUUCAUGAGAGUGCCUCGCAUUCACCCCUCCCACCUAGUAAGAGGCGAAGCCUGUCUGCAGUGGCCAAAAAGAUGACCACACCAGCAGUAGUCACAUCUGCCCUGUAUGAUGAUGACAUCACACCACGGAACCUGCUGAAAAAGAUCAUUCAGACAGAGGCUGAGGCAUCUCUACUGGUCUCAGAUCAGCCCAGGACACAAGAGGCUUCCCCUGGUCCCAUAAACUCGAGUAUCCAUAGUAACAGUCAGAGUGAGGGUGGAUCAGGACUCGACCUUCCGGAUCUCACCACAGAGAAUCUGAGUCUUGUGGUCAGGGGACUAAGACGUAGGAGGCCACCUCCAACCUUCAAUGCAUCUGCCUUUGAAAGGCAGUUAGGCCAUACUCCAGGGAAGGAGACAGAUGAGGUCACACAGGAUGUGUCAGCUGCAUCAGGAAGUCCUCUAAGUCUGACCCUGAAGACUCCGUUUGUGGAUGUGCAUACUGAGAGAGCUGGUCUGCAGCGAAAGGUAGCCAAUCGCAGGCAGCUGUCUGCCCAGACGUUUGCUGAGGCCGUUGAAAAGCGUCUAGAGAAGGGCCCGGAUAAUGAUCAUACCAUAGUACGGGCUGAGCCUACUCUUGGAGAUUCUCAGUUUACUCUUGGUCUGAAUGAUGUCACGGUCCCUGAUCUCACCACAAACAUCUUCAUGAGCAACACAGCACUUUACGACCAACCUGUCUCCAUAACAACACAGCAGGGCACAGGUGAGAAAGAGCUGACACCUGCCGUAAAUGAGGGAGAGGACAAGGAAAAAAAAGAGGAUGAAGGACAGACAGAGAGAGAUCAUCAUGCUGACAAGGUAGGAGAAACUGAGGAGCAAGAAGAAGACAAAGAUAAACAAAAAGCGGAGAGACUAGUGUUUGAGACUGAAAGAGUGGAGGUCCCAGUGCCACUGGACACUGAGAUGGAAGAGGAGCAGGAGUCCCAGGGUCAUGAGGAGGAAUUGUUCGAGUCUUCAAAUCAGGAAAUGGAGUUAGAAGCCCCUCCGGUACAAGAAAGGGAGGAGCCAGAGUCACAGACAGAAGAAGCAGAAAUGGAAGUAGAGGAACUGGGAAAGUCAGGCGCUGAGGAUUUCCAAGAAGAAGUUGCUGCAUCACCAUCUGAGCAUAUCACACGCAGAGCCCACCAAUCAGGGGGCACGGUCGCUGUGCCAGGACUGCUGGACAGAAGAAACAUUGAUAUAAAUUUAGAAGCUACAGAGAAAGUCCUGACCACAGUUCCCUUGGCCCUGUCCCUCACAGUCCUGACCACAGCUCCCUUGGCCCUGUCCCUCACAGUCCUGACCACAACUCCCUUGGCCCUGUCCAUCACAGUCCUGACCACAGUUCCCUUGGCCCUGUCCCUCACAGUCCUGACCACAACUCCCUUGGCCCUGUCCAUCACAGUCCUGCCACUGAGGGAGAAGAGAGAGAUGGUGAAAGUGAAGAUGAUCAAAGUGAAGUUGAGCUUGAAAACUCCUGCUUUCAUCAAAUUGAGGAGGAUUAUGCCAACUCCAGAUGUUCCCACCACUCCUACAGUUCUCAGAGCAGUCAAUGCUGAUCCUGCUGAGUUGGUCAGACCUCGUCGUGCCAAGAGGAAAAAUGCUGCCUCCGCUCCCAGAGGAGCCUCUCUGUCUAGGAGUUAUAUCAUGAAUACUUUCAAACACUUUGCCAAGACCAAGGUGGCAAGGGAUGUUUAUCCAGUCAUCAUGGACAUUGUUCAGAAAUACUUUGAUCGUCUGGCUGAUGAUUUAGAGGCAUAUGCUGCUCAUGCAAAAAGGAAUACCAUCGAGAUAGAGGAUGUGGAACUUCUAAUGAGAAGGCAGGGAUUUGUGAAUGAUGCCACUCCAGUAAAUGUUUUGAUAGAGAAGUUUCUCCCCCUUGAAUAUCGCAAGCUUCUCAUCCCUGUGGCAACCAGCGGGAAUAAAGUCAUUCCCAAACAAAGGAGAUGA